GUCUCUCGGGGCGCCAGCUGGGAGGCGCGCGGCUAUCAGUGCCGGGCGCAGCUCGCCGGAGAUAAGAUACUGGACUGCACACUGCAAGCUCGCUGGCAGCGCUACGAAGCUGUUAUCGCUCACCAAAAGCCUCGCUCGCCCUCUUCAAUUCACUUUCAUCUCGCAGGUGUGCGGUCAUGAGGGUUCACGUCUUCCUCGCCUGCUCGGCAGCGCUCCUCGGCGGAGCAGCGCGGGAGGCUUCUGCCGCCAAGAUCCUGGCCCUGCUGACGCUGACGACGCACAGCCACCACAUCUGGAACAGGGAGCUGUCGAGGGCCCUGGCCUCCAGGGGCCACGAGGUCACGGUACUCAGUCCCGACGUGGACCAGCACCCCGUCGCGAACCUCACCUACAUACCGCUCGAGGGCUGCUACGAGUACAUCACGUCGGAGAUGACGUACGUGGACCUGCCCGACGACACGUUGGCGGACAAGAUGCGAGUGCUGAACCGCUGGGCGACCCUGCUCUGCGACUACCAGCUGGCCACGGAAGGCGCCAAGCUGCUGCUCGGCUACCCCGACGGGAGGGUCUUCGACCUCAUCAUCACGGAGGCCGUCUACAACCACUGCUUCUGGCCCCUCAUAUCCAAGUUCGGUCACCCGCCCGUCGUGGCAGUCAGUCCUUCGGGCAUCCCGCCGAGGGCCCACCACAUGACGGACGCCCCGAAGAACCCCGCCUACGUGCCGGAUGUGCUGUCGCAUCUCCCGGACAGGAUGGACUUCUUGCAGCGCGUCGACAGCUUGGUCACCGAUGCGAUCGCUAACUGGAUGUGGAAUUUCGAGUACUUCCCUCAAAUGCAAGCCAUAGCCGAACGCCACUUCCCCCACCCGGUGCCUUCGUUGAAGCAGUACGAGGGGAACUUCAGUUUGAUACUGAGCAACACCGUGCUGGGAUACGACUAUCCGCGCCCACUCGCACCGAACUUGAUUCUUGUCGGCGGCAUGCAUCUAAAACCACCUGGGCCACUGGAUAAGAAGCUGCAAGAAUUCUUAGAUGAGGCUGAGCAUGGAGCUAUACUCUUCAGUUUGGGUUCAAACCUGAGGAGUGAUAUGUUGUCACCACAAGCACAGCAGGCGUUUUUGGAGGUUUUUUCCAGCUUACCUCAGAGAGUUUUGUGGAAAUUUGAGAGUGACACUUUGCAUCCCAAAUCAGAGAAUGUGUUGCUUGGGAAGUGGCUGCCACAAAGAGACAUAUUAGGGCAUAAGAACAUGAAGCUUUUCAUCACACACAAUGGGUUGAUGAGUUCCCAAGAAUCGCUGCACUUCGGGGUGCCGACAGUAGGCAUUCCCUUCUUCAUGGACCAGGACAGAAACAUGCAGCGGGCCUGCAGGUUCGGCACCGGUGUCGGCCUCUCUUACAAACAUCUGAACAAGGACACAAUAUUCCAAGCUAUAAACCAAGUUUUGUCAAACUCCAGUUACGCGGAGAACGCGCGGCGCCUGUCCCGCAUAUUCCGCGACCAGCCGGAGCACCCGCUGGACCGGGCCGUGUUCUGGGUGGAGUACGUGCUGCGCCACGGGGGAGCGCCGCACUUCAGGACGGCGGCCGUGGGCAUGCCACUGUACCAAUACCUCCUGCUGGACAUUCUGGGGGCACUGCUGGUGGCACUGGUGGUCACGUUACUGCUGCUGAGGGCCGGAGCGCUCUGGCUGUGGAGGCGCCUCGGAGCGGCAGGCCGCAAGGAGAAGACCAACUAACUACCUCUUUGCUCACUCCAUGCCUAUGUACCAGUUACAUCUGCUCUUGUCGGACAUUGUGGAGGCACUGGUGGCCACAAUACUGCUGCUAAGAGCUAGAGCAUGAUGGCUGUGGAGGCGCUUCGGAGCGGCAGGCUGCACAGAUAAGUCCAACUAACGAUAUUUUUGGCCACUCUGGACAUUCUGGUGGCACAGGUGCUAGCUCUGUUGGUUGCUAUACUGCUGCUGAGCUGCUGAUGGACACUGCGAUUCGACAGGCCGCAGGGAAAAGACCAAUGAACGACUUCUUUGCAGUAUUAGUCUAGGUUACUCUACUGGUACAAUCUGCUGGUCAUUUAGUGGAAUUUUUGGAGGCACCAGGAUUCACAUUACUACUGCUCAGAGCUGGAAUGAACUGACUGUGGAGGCACUGCAGUACUGCAGUCCAUAAGGCUACAUGGAGAAAACAAACAAAUGAACUCUCUACUCACUCCAUGACACUGUACUAGUAUCAUCUGCUGGACAUUCUGGUGGUUAUACUGGUGGCACAGGGUUUCAUAUUCUGGUGGUGCUUGUGAUGGUGCGGACAUCUUUAUUCUUCAAUAUAACUUGUGCUAAAUAUUAACAUUCGGUUGAUGAUCAUGUGUGUACACAGAUUACUCAUGAGAUGAAAAAGCUAUAGGUAAUUAGAUUGAUUUGGUAUCAUGUAGGUGUGCAUUUUACCAACUAUCGCUCAUUAGUAACACAAAUAUAACUUCUUAGGAAAUCUCAUUUUCAAUGUGUAUUGUGUGUGAUUUUGGAAACUAUUAACUGCUAAGUUUAUAAUAUCAAUACUGUUGUGAAGGAAGCAAAGGGAAUGUAUUCCCAAUUGGAAACACCUUCACGAAAAUGUUUUAGUGCGGUAUAUUACUACGAACGAAGUGGCAACACAGUGCGAAAGAAUGCGGUCAGCAAUGUCACUUCAACCAAGUGAAGUCACCAAUACCAGCAGAAGGUUGAUGCAAAGGAGAUGGAAUGGAUUUGAAUAAACCUCCUUUUCUACCAUCAUGUGCACAUCUAAGUUUUGAAUUGUUAUUGUGUUUCUUCAUUUAAAUAAUAUUAUAUCAAUUUUGAAAAUAUUUUCCCCACUGAAAAUACACAAUUUUAAAAUUAAAUGGAAGGUGCGAAUAGAAUAAGUGUUGCCGCGGGCCGGUCUCCUGCAGACUGCGGAGACAUGGCGGAAGUCUCUCGAUAGCAUCCUGGUUAGAUGUUGUUGCUGACACCAGCUCUCUCAGUUAGAGUACCUUCCCACAAGGUCAGUCGUGGACCAUUCGGCCUGUGUGGCUUACCGAGGGUCGUCACCCACGCUGCAGAACGGUGCUAUGCAGCCUAGCCUGAACCCUCACUGACACAUAUAUUGCAGCUGGACUAGACACUGUAUGGCCACUCACUUGGGCUUAAAUUGUACUCACAUGUCAGGUAGUAGGCACAUCCAACUUUUCUGUAGCACCCAUGUGCACUUACAAGUACAACUGCACAAACCUCCACACUCUUAGGUAAAACAGUAGUUUGGACAGUUACAAUAGCACUUGCUCUUAGUCCGAAACGAAUUAUUUGAAAACAUACCAGAAGUUUACCUGUUCCAUAAGCAUGGUGCCUGGCUGUAUUCCCUAUGGUGUGAGGCGAAUGGUAUCUUUCAGUUACAAUCUCUCCUCUUUGAAAUCAAAGUUCAGUAAGGCAUGUUGAUGGCAGUCAAAUUCUCAAUUAUAAACAUUGAAGUUUUUUAGAAUUUUUGAAUUCAAGAUGGCGUCUCUUGGUUCCUGUCACUCUUCCUAAAGUUAAGCACAGAACGUAACGCACUUGUGUUGGGGGGCCUUGAGCUGGGGAGGGAACGCGGUGCAGCAGCGGCAGUCAGGAGUGGGGGCGCGGGUGCGGCAGGACACCGCCGCCGCCACGAACAGCAGCGACAUGCCGAGGCUGAGUCCCGCGACGAGCAGCGCCGCGCCGUAGGUGGCGGGCACCUCCUCCGGGCCGCCGCCCACCUCCUCUGCCGGCAGGUCCGGGAAGCUCGGCGCGGGCUGGAGCUCGCAGAAGCCCCGCGCGCCGCACACCAGCCCACGGCGGCAGUGCGAGUCCUCGCGGCAGCGGCGCCCGGCCUCCCGGGCCAGCAGGCACAGACCCGCAUGCUCGCAGCGGCACGCGAGGGCGUCCAGGCGGCAGGCCGGGUAGCUGCGGCAGUCGGCGUCCUGCCAGCACAGCCGCGGGGGCAGGCCCUGCGCUGCUGCCACCAGCAGCAUCGCCGCUGCCACCGCCGCCAGGCCAGCAGCCAUCACUUCCACGCGCGAUGCAUUGCUGUUUAACCUCAGCUAUUAAUAAACAAAUUAUCAUUUUGCAGUA